AUGAGAAACUUUCUAAAAAAUCAUAGAGCAUUUUCGAUUGCAUUAUCCACAAAUACUGAGCCCAAGCACUAUGAGGAGGCUAUGUCUCAACCUUGCUGGAAAAAGGUAAUUAAAUCUGAACUUGAUUCACUUGAUGAAAGCAAGACUUGGAAAAUCACCUCCUUGCCACCUAGAAAGAAACCUAUAGGAUGCAAGUGGGUCUUCAAGGUAAAAUAUAACCUUGAUGGAUCUGUAGAACGCCAUAAGGCACGUCUUGUUGCCAAGGGCUACACACAAGUUCCUAGUAUUGAUUACAGAGACACCUUUAGUCCAGUCCUAAAGCUCACAAGCCUUCGAAUGGUACUUGGAUUGGCAGCAGCGAAAAAUUGGUACCUGAAGCAAAUAGAUGUGAAUACUGUGUUUCUUCAUGGAGAUCUUGAUGAAGAGGUGUAUAUGGUUGCUCCACCAGGGCUGAAUAUUGGCAAGGGACAAGUGUGCAAGCUAGAGAAGUUACUUUAUGGACUCAAGCAGGCCAUUUAUGUGGACGAUUUAGUACUGGCCGGAGAUGCCAUUCUUGAGAUCAACAAAAUCAAAAGUGUCCUGGAUGAUCUGUUCAAAAUCAAGGAUAUUGGGGACUUGAAAUUCUUUCUCAGAUUGGAGGUAGCACGUUCAGAUAAAGGGAUCGCGUUGUACCAAAGGAAGUAUGUUGUGGACAUGCUUACUAACUAUGGAUUUGCCGAUUGCAAACCAAUCUCGACACCUAUGGACUAUAGUGUGAAGUUGAGCAAGGAUAGUGGAAAUCCUCUGUCCGAUUCAGCUGAAUAUCGGAAGAUAGUUGGAAAAUUAUUGUAUUUGACCAACACACCAGACAUUAGCUAUGCUGUUAGUCGGCUUAGCCAGUACUUAGACAAACCGACAAGCUUGCAUCUACACGCCGCUCAUCGAGUCUUGCGAUACCUAAAAUCUACACCUGCUCAGGGAUUAUUCUUUCCCACUUCUACUGAUUUAUGCAUCACAGGCUUCUCUGAUUCUGACUGGACAGCUUGUCCAGACACACGACGUUCAACUUCUGCCUAUUGUUUUUUUCUUGAGUCUGCUCUAAUCUCUUGGAAAAGUAAGAAGCAGAAUACUGUUUCAUGCAGCUUCUUUGAGGCUGAAUAG